UGGGUACCGCGGUGUGGCCGGAGGAGGACACCGGGUAGGAGCAGCGGAACCGCCGGGCUUUCUUCUAAUUAAAUGUCUCCUGCUCUCCGUCUGCAUCAUGCUGUACUUCCAGCUGGUGAUCAUGGCCGGGACCGUCAUGCUGGCCUACUACUUCGAGUACACCGACACCUUCACGGUGCACGUCCAGGGCUUCUUCUGCUACGACACCACCUACACCAAGCCGUACCUGGGACCGGAGGACCGCAGCGCCGUGCCGCCCGUGCUGCUGUACGCGGUGGUGGCCGGGCUGCCCACGCUGCUGAUGUACGUGACGUGCACGGUGCAGGCCAAAGGAACCCGGCUGGCCAAGCCGGUGCUGUCUCUGGGCUUCAUGUGUCUGGCCUUCCUCACCGGGCUGAACCGCGUGGCCGAGUACCGAAACCACUGGUCGGACGUCAUCGCCGGCUUCGUCAUCGGGACGGCCAUCGCCACGUUCCUGGUGGUGUGUGUGGUCCAUAACUUCAAAGGGAAGUUGCUGCUGAAUGAUGAGUCGCCGGCGGAGCAGCGGUCCAACACGGCUAUGCUGAACAUGGCUCGAGUGGAGAGUCCUCUGGAGAAGUACAUCGCCUCGCAGAAUCACAUCGCCUUCGCUGAGGUCACAUGACGUGGAGUCGGCCGUGUGGCAAACCCACUGGACAUCCACGCUCUUCACCGUCCAAUCCAGCUAACCGGAGCGCAGUGCUGACCCCAGUGUGUGUGAGGGUGUGUGUGAGUGUGUGUGUGUGUGUGUGUGUGUGUGCACGCGUCGUUUGUCCUUCCAUGUCGUCUUUAUCGGUCCCCGUUUCAUUUGCAGCUUCUUGUCUUCAAGAGUAAAAAGGUAGAGAGAGAAAAGCGACAGGGUGGGAGCGGCUGCCUCUGCUUCCUCCAUCUAUGCACUU